GUUGAUGAUCUCAUUCAGUCCAGUCCAGCACCUCUGGGGAAGGAUGGAUCCUGUGAUGGCGUUGAAGCGAUGGCUGGUAGUAGUGGCGAGCCUGCGAAUGCUAGCAGUCGUAAUCGGCAUCUUCGCCCCGAACAAACUGAAGAGCCAGGUAUUUGACCGGAAGCCGGAGCUAGUGAGCAAUCUUCUGGGUCGGCUAUUCGCGGCUUGGACUUUGAUGACAUGUGCCUUAUGCUUGGCAUGCGCCAUGGAUCCAUCUAACAAGACAGUGUAUGGUACGACGCUGUUCUCUUUUGUUGUUGCAUUGUUAUUUUUCCUUUCAGAGUUACUCGUGUACAAAACAGUGACCAUCAGGGGAGCUCUGUCGCCGAUGAUUAUAGCAAGCAUUUCAACGGCGUGGCUGUCGUUGGGCUGGGACUUUUACACAGGGAGUACCAGGUCAUAACGCGAAUUGAGAGUUUACUUUGUAAUUUUUUACCGCAC